AUGGGUUCAGGGCCGGGACCAGCGCACUACCAGUUGCCGACGACCGUUGGGAGGAACCAGGCGGACCUUACGAAAAAGUUUGCACCGGCGUUCUCGUUUGGAUCCCGCUCCUGGUCUUUGAAGACGGACAGCCGACCCGUGUACUUUCCCGUGUUCACAACAUCCCAGAAAAGCACACCCGCGUUUUCCUUUGGUUACAAACGCAAGACUCCGGAGAAGAAAGGCAUCGAGCCGGGACCGGCAGCUUAUGACACCACCAAUAUGGCGCCCACAUGGAUGCGCAAGGCGCCCGCCUUCAUCAUUGCGCACCGGAACAAGCUGCGCUCUGUGGACGCGACGCCGUCGUCCAAUACGUACAUGCUGCCGUCGACCCUCGGAAACCGCGUCCCACACCAGCCGGGUGGUAUUGCAAUCUCCAUGUGCGAGCGUCGGGAAAAGUUCGGGUAUGCCGAGGAUCUGGCCAAGACCCCUGGGCCUGCGGGCUACACGCUUCAUUCGGACAAUUCCACGAAAAAGAGGAGCCCGCAGUAUUCGAUGCUAGGAAGAAACAUUGUGCCGACAAAGUACAAUCCCGCCCCUGGACCCGGGACGUAUAAUCCGCAGAAUGUAAACAGUUUCUUUAAAAGCGGACCCAAGCACGUGAUCGGGAUUAGACAUUCGGAGUUUGUUAUGCCUACCAUAACACCGGCGGAUGUAGCUUAACAUAUUUAUUUGUUAUGCAAAUAUUAAUAUUUAGUGUUUAAUGUUUCUCACAAAUUUUCAACGUCCUCCGCUAGCAACGAUUUUUCAUUGCCCUAACCUCGAUGCGUAAAAGCUUUUCUCGAAAACCACUUUUUGGUAAUGAAAUUUAACUACGGCAUAUAAUAAGUAUAUCUAUAUUUUGUACAUUUGGUAUUAUGUUUCUUAUGUCACUUAUUCCUGUGUGAAAAUUGUUUUCUAUUGUUCACUUGCAUAGAUAGAUGUACGUGCAUUUUUAUUAACCUAAACUAUGUAUUAUAUAGUUACCUUGGUAGUUUCGUUGAAGUAUGUGAAAGACGUACUCUUUUUUGUCAACGAUAUCAAAUUACUACCAUGUUUAUCAAUUUUAAUUGUAGGUACCGGUAUGCACAAAUCGUACAAAAAUACGCCGACAAGGUUUUUAAUUAUGCUAUUAUGAAUUUGAAAUCAUCCUGAAACAAUGUUCGAAUGUUCUUUUUUCUUAUUCAAAUAUAUUCGACUAUCAGAUUUAUUAAACCAGAAAUCCCCA